UUUCUGAUGCUAUGAAGGUAUAGAUUUUAAAAUUUAAACUGAAACUCUGAUUGCCGACGCGCUUUUCGCCUUUUUGUCCUGUUAACUGUUCACAGUUAAAAUCGAUAAGAGGUCGGGGAGCAGGAUAAACGGCAAAAGGAUGGUGUCGGUGAAUAGGGUUGGUAUACAAAUUAUUUUUAAAUUAGGGAAGACUACAUACUAUGCGAGAUUUUGAUGUAAACGUUGAGCCUCUCAGUUUUCGAUUGAAUUCUAAUGGUUUAAUUGUUGAAUGGCCGGGGAAUGUUGUUAGUUGUUACACACAGAGAUGGCUGAGAACUCAUUGCCCUGGCAGCAAAGAAGUUAUAGAGAAGAGAAGACAAAUUUAUCUUGGUCGUGAAUGCAUUCGUCUCUGGGAGGAUGGGGGACCAACGAGCAAAAAUCGUUUCCAGUUUUUUCAUCAAUCGUUUUUGGAAGAUGACAAAGUAAGAGAAAAAUAAAUGGGUGGUUUGUAGCAAGGUUUUUAAUUGGGGUGGAUUUUGCUUAUUUUUUAAUCUUUUAAUAGAAACGCGUUUUUGUGGUUUUUCGGGACUUUUAGUUAGC